CCAUCAUCCAACGGCGACGUCGACGAAAUGGCAAAGAAAAAAAAUAAACAGGUGGGUAUGCAGCUUCUUUCUAUAUAUGCUGAUUAAAGACUCUUUUAGAUCAUCCGCCCAUGGUGCUGGUACUGUGAAAGGGAGUUCGAAGAUGAGAAAGGUACUUUUUCUAAUACGUCUGGAAGAUGGAAUCUCAUAUGCACGGACAUUCAGUUCUCAUGCAACACCAAAAGGCCAAACAUUUCAAAUGCAACAUGUGUCCUCGCCGAUUGAACACUGCUGGCGGUCUGGCCGUGCAUAUUCAACAAGUUCAUAAACUAGAACCAGAGAAGUGCCUCAAAGUCCAUCCAUAUCUAGUUCGUUUUGUUGACUUUGUUUUGUUCAGCCUUCCACGGAUUGAGAACGCUAUGCCAGGACGUGAUGGGUAUGAAGUGGAGAUUUUCGGAAUGGAGGGCAUUCCUGCACCUGAUGUUGCAGACUAUAAGCGCCGCAAGGAAAUCGAACUUGGCUUAGCUGCAGGUUCUAUAUCUCAGCCUCAGCCUAAGAGGCCUAAGAUUGAAAAGAGGCCUUUAUCGGAGGACGAACUCAAGGCUCAGUUAGAGGCCCAUAAAGCCUUGAUGGGCGGUAGCAGCGAUAAUCCUCCUGCUCUUCCUGCAGCUGACAAUAGUGCCAGCGGGGUAUACGGCGCUCCUCCACAAGCAUAUGCUGCCCCUCCUACUCCAGCUCCGGGCCUUCCACCGCCAGGGAUGCCUCCUGGUAUGGGACCAGGUGCGCCUCCUCCAUUCUUUCCGGGAGGGCCACCCCCUGCCGGCGCUUUACCGCCUUUUCCGCCUUUUCCCGGCAUGCCCGGUUUCCUUCCAGGACAUCCACCACCUGGCUUCCCUAUGCCUCCUCCUGGUCUCAUGCCUCCACCGGGUAUGCUUCCCCCAGGAAUUGGAUCUGGUGCUCCACCGCCGCCAUCGGCUGCUGCUAUGGGACCACCCGCUGCAACCGCAGCGCCACCUCCUUUGACCUUGCCCAAUUCGGCCCUUGAACAGAAGUAUGCGCCUUUCAAGAAACCGACAGAACUCAAAUAUGCAAACCCGAACUUUUCCCCUAGAAACGGGCUCACACUAAAAAGUACUAUGUUGCUCGAGACUCGACAAAUAUGCCGCUAUCUGGCAUUGACUCUUCUGCACUUUCACCUGAAGAGACGAGAGGGAAGAAAAGGGCACGAGCAGAGGACUUCCUCUAGUGGUCAGGACUAUACUUUGCGUUAUGCUUGAUCCAAUGACAUCGAGGCAGACGGUUGUUACAGCGCAGGCAACCCAAGGAAGAGGGCUAUUUGA